GCUCGGGAGGCGGCGCGGACGCGCGGGCUCCUCCGCCACGUGGUGCGCUCCGGGGCGGCGCGCGGCAGGCCGGCAGCGGGCGCAGGGCGGCGGCGCAGUCUGCACCAUGGCCUACCCGGGGCACCCUGGCGCUGGCGGCGGGUACUACCCAGGCGGGUAUGGAGGGGCCCCCGGAGGACCUGCAUUUCCUGGACAAACUCAGGACCCGCUGUAUGGCUAUUUUGCUGCUGUAGCUGGACAGGAUGGGCAAAUAGAUGCCGAUGAAUUGCAGAGAUGCCUGACACAGUCGGGCAUUGCCGGAGGAUACAAACCUUUUAACCUGGAGACUUGUCGGCUUAUGGUUUCAAUGCUGGAUAGAGAUAUGUCAGGCACGAUGGGUUUCAAUGAGUUUAAAGAACUCUGGGCUGUACUGAAUGGCUGGAGACAGCACUUCAUCAGUUUUGACAGUGACAGGAGUGGAACUGUGGAUCCUCAGGAACUGCAGAAGGCCCUGACAACAAUGGGAUUUAGGUUGAGUCCCCAGGCUGUGAAUUCAAUUGCAAAACGAUACAGCACCAAUGGCAAGAUCACCUUCGAUGACUAUAUCGCCUGCUGCGUCAAACUGCGAGCUCUCACAGAUAGUUUUCGAAGACGGGAUACUGCUCAGCAAGGUGUUGUGAAUUUCCCAUAUGAUGAUUUCAUUCAAUGUGUCAUGAGUGUUUAAACCAAGAGGAAGCUGGAGGCUGGAUGAACAUAAUCAACAUUCCGAUGGGAGUUCUUUUGCUCUUACUCUUUGCCUUCAGUAAUGUGUGCAAACUUACAUUGCCACUUUUCCUUAACAGCUGUUGUAAAGGUUUAUUACUUCACAUACAACUGAAGUUUUUAGUAUUGAUAAUAAAAUAUUUGGAAUUUUAUUAACAUCAGGUCUGUAACAGCAUUUAAGACUUCCUUGAGCCAUUGUCAUUCAUGCCUUAUUUUUUGCUUAAGCUUCUCAUGUAAAUUUAAGUGUGCGAAAUGUUAAGGCGCAUUAUACACUUUUCAUUGUAAGAUACUAAAACUUUUUCUUCAGACUACAGCUGUGGUCUUUCCUAGAAGGGCUUUUGCAUCAUAUUGAAAGUUUUAUGUAUGGAGUAUUCUUAUAUAAAUGGUUAGACCCUCUUGGAUGCAACAAACAAAACAUGGUAAUCAAAUGUCAGGGUUAACCUCAGUGGCAACCUUAAGGCUUACAGAUAUUUUGGUGGCCGUAUGAAUGGACAGAGAACCAGACUGAUGAUUUUCUGCCUCUUGAAAACCUAUUGAACAAUUUGAGUGACAAAUGACUAUCUUUCACCAAAUUCCUUGUCAUCAUGCAUAUAGACCUUUGUUAACUAUACUGAAAAGUCUUGUACUUUAUGAACUUAACUAUGUAAAAAAGAAAAUUGUCAGAAAACAAUUAAGGGAAUAUAAGAAAAUAUUGACUAUGGUUAUUUUUGGCUAAUGGGAUUCUAGGUGACUUUAGUUCCCUUCAUGCAUUUCAGUAUUUUCCAAGUUUCCUAUAAUGUGUGUGCUUUCAUUUUAACAUCAGAAGAUGUUAAAAUAUUCAUAUAUCCACUUUGAUAUGCCAUGUUCAUGUUAAAUUUAAAAAUAUCCACAGCAAAAGGACUGGAAAAAGUGUACCGAAAUGUGGAUGUGGCUCCCACUGUGAGUCAGGAUUUUUCUUCCAUCCUAGUACUUUUCCAAAUAUUUUCUGAUAAGCAAGUAUUACAUUUGUAAUGGAAGACAUUUUUUUUUCCAGUUUUAAGAUCUGGAUUCUGAUGCUAACUUCUUACUAAAUAUGUGGUUUGAUCAUUUUGGAUAAUUUCAGAGCUUCAAGUUUUCUCAUUGCUCAAAAGGAGGUAGUUCUGAAUAUGAAAAAUGUGUUGGUAUAAUCAUCACUAAUUUAUGUUUCUAUUCCUUAAAUUUAACACUAGCCUGGUUUGCUGGGGUUUUUUUGCAAGCGAGCUUAACAGAUAAAACAGCAAAAUUAGUCUAUUUUCUCCCUGCCAGCAGAGUAUGUUUUAUUUUAGGACACAAUGUGAGAGUUACCAUUCAGAUGAUCAAUUUAGUUCUCAACCAAUGAAAAUAAAACAUUUCUAAGUAUC